AUGAUGUCGAAAGUCUUGUUGUUGACUUUUGUCUUCUCGCUGACGGCAUUUCACAAUGGCAAAGGCUUAGCGGCGCUCACCGGAGACACGAAUAACGUCGUCAAUGACGGCCCAUGCGACGCUUACCGUUUACCGGAUACCACAGAACCGGUUCGACAUCGUUGUGAGGGCGAAACAGUACACGGCCGAGGUGAUCCUAAACUCGAAGGAUUUGAUAGUGUCGUCCGUGUCCUCGUUUCAGGACUUGAAGACAAACCGGGCAAUAUCGAUAAAGAUUACGUUUACGAAGAGCGCAACGAAUGGUUGGUCGUCAAACUAGAAAAAUUGAUUUUGCCGUCGCGGCUCUAUAAGUUUACCGUCGUAUUCAGCGGAAUCCUAAGAGAAGACUAUACCGGAUUUCAUAAAUAUUUCUACGACUCCGGCAAUCACUCGAGGUGGAUAGCUCUGACUCAGUUCAAACCAAUAUACGCCAGGCGAGUAUUUCCAUGUUACGAUGAAUCGAAAUUCAAGACUCCUUAUACGAUAUCGAUCUCCAGGCAAAGACAACAUUCUGCGUUGUCCAAUAUGCCACUUAAACGCAUUGAAUCCAAUCAGCAAAGCGAUAUGGUGUGGGACCACUUUGAAACCACAAAGCCAAUACCCACGUAUUUAGUGGCUUUUAUGGUGUCGGAUUUCGACAAAACACCUGUAAACGGUGAUAAUAUCGCCAUGCAUACGCGCAAAGAGUACAUCGAAUAUACGACGUAUAUGAUGGGGAAAGCACCAAACUUACUCAAUGGUGUAGAAAGGUUCACUCGAAUACCGUACAUGUUACCGAAGUUGGAUUUGGUGGGCAUUCCCUUACUGAAUGCAUACAGUAUGGAGAAUUGGGGACUGAAUUCUUACGAAGAAUUUUUCGUAACUUUGUCGGACGAUUCACAAACGGAAGACAAAAUACAGGGAACCAUGACCAUACUACACGAGAUCUUACACCAGUGGUUCGGCAGUAUGGUAACCGCUCCUUGGUGGGACAACGAGUGGUUGAACGAGGGCAUGUGCAAUUACUUAAACUAUUACAUAACGAGUAUGCUCGAACCUGAAUGGGAGAUGGAGGAAUCGUUUGUAGAGAACGUGCACCAGUUCGCGCUGUCCUGGGACGAGUAUGACGAUACGCACCCUUUGACCUUUGCAGUGUCGACUCCCGAAGAUAUCAUGAAUGCUUUUGAUACCAUUUCAUCCGACAAGAGUGCGGCGCUGUUUAGGAUGUUGGAAUGCGUGGUGGGCGAGGAUUACUUCAGGAUUGCGGUGAACAAAUAUCUCGAUGAUUAUGCUUACAUGGUAGCGGGACCGACAGACUUGUGGAAUACGUUCGAUUACGUGCUAUACGACUUUGACUACGUUAUCGAAGACGGUGUCACGAUCAAUACGUAUAUGGAUUCGUGGACGAAACAACCCGGGUAUCCACUGAUAACAGUGAAGUCGACGGGAGAUGGUUGUUACAACGUGUCGCAGAAACGUUUUUCUCUGUCGUCUCCACCCCAAAAUACCGACGACAUAAAAUGGUUUGUAGGCUUAACGUACACCACUGAGACCUGA